UCCCUCUCUUUUCCAGCAAACUCAUGGUGAGCCAACAAUGUUUGAUCAUCCUCUUAAUCAUAUGCUGUUACAGCAGACGUCCUUCACAGGCAAACUUCCUCCUUACCAACUAAAUGGACAACCAAGAGGUGUAAUGCCUGAUUUUCCCGUUAAUCAAAUAGCUUGUUACAGACAGGAGCUGAAGCCAAUGCAAGAUUUUUGCCCAACCUAUGAGCAACCAAAUUUUGCGGGUCUUGGAAUGCCAAAUCAGUACUGUAUAGAUCCUCAUGUUGCUAGAGACGAUAAUCACAGGAAGUUCAAUGCUCUUUUUGGGAAGGAACUGGAAGCAUCGUUUACCAGAAGCGGACAUGGUCCUAGAAGAUUUGGAAAUCAGGUUGGCAUAGGAUUUUGGUACGAGCAAUAGACCAUAAUGUGCUUUCGGAGUUGUCUGCCUGGUUCUCAACUAAUUUCGGUAAUGGAUAUACAACUUUAUCUUAGGGUUCAUCUGCGACAUAGGUAGUCUAGUGAAGAAAAAUUCACAUUUGUACCUAAGAAUUUGGUCAAGAAUUGAGCACUAUAUAAUUAAAAAAUAAAUAAAAGAAGAAGAAGAA